GAAACGACGGUUAGUUUCGUAGUGACCGCUGUUAAAUAUAGUUUAGCUUUGGGGAAAAGUUCGGUAUCUCGCGUUUGUGUGUGCUGCCUAUAAUAUUGCAUAUUAUAGUAUUGGAGAGCAGUUCUGAUUUGAAAUAUUGUGCUUACCACAAACGGUCGCUGCGAAAAGUGCAAUAAAGAGAGAAGCAAAAAUAAUUGCUGCAAAGAAGUGGAAAUCCUCAAAAGGUUUUAACAAAAAAGUAUUAUUUCGCCCUCUUCUAAAACAAAGCCGUAAAAGGUGUGAAAAAGUUUCAAACAGCUAGUCUUCUCCAGCAAUAAAGCUGGAAGUGUUUGCAAACUUAAAAGCAGAAAAAAUAAAUGUUAGUGCAAAACAAAAAUAAAAAAAUAAAAUAGUGGAAAAAUAGUGGUAAAAUAUUGCUAAAAUAGUUCUACCCGACAAGUUUACGGUUGGCUACCAAGAGCAGAGUGUAUCUUACUUGAAGAUUUGCAAAGUAUAAGUCACGGAAAGCUCGUGUUACUAUUUGCUCCCUGUGAAAGUGUCAUAAACUGUUUCAUGGAUUAAUCUUGGAUAAAUAAUCUUCAACUAAUCUUGGAUAUAUAAUUUUCUAUCCUUGUGAAUAUUAAACCAUGAUUCUACGACUAUGCAGAUAAAAAUAAUGGAUACAAAAAUACAUUUCUGGGUCAUCCUCCUGAUGACAAUUUUCAUUGAGAAUGCAUCGGUCGCGAAACGCCUGAACGCCAGUCAAGCUUUCGAUGAUACUUGGAACACCGCCUCCGAUUUGGAGAAUGAACUUGAAUGCAUGUUGCAGCAAAAGCGUGCCAAAAGCAGCAGCAGCAGCUCAUCAUCGUCGGGCAGCAAAGAUGGCCAAUGGUCCGGCUGGUCGGAAUGGUCGACCUGUUCACGUACCUGCGACGGCGGCAUUAUGCAACAAAUACGCCGCUGUUACAACACAAACGGCUGCAAAGGCGAAACCAUACGCUAUCGCAUCUGCAACAUGCAGCCAUGCCCCGAGCUGCAAGACUUUCGAGCGCAUCAGUGUGCCGCCUACAACGAUGUGCCCUACGACGGUACGCUCUACACGUGGACGCCGCACUACGACUAUGUGGAGCCAUGCGCGCUAACAUGCAGAGGCCGUCCAGCUCAUUUACAUUUGGGCGACAGCGCAUCAUCCGAAGUUGUUGAGGAUCCUGAACACUAUGACGAUCAUGUGAUCGUACAACUUGCGGCGAGUGUACAAGAUGGCACACGCUGUCGAACGGGCAGUCUCGAUAUGUGCAUACAGGGUAAAUGCCAGCGCGUCGGCUGUGACUUAAAAAUCGGUUCGACGAAAAAGAUCGACAGCUGUGGCGUCUGUGGCGGAGACAGCAGCUCCUGUUCGCAGCCACUUUACUAUUGGGAGACAGCGCCAACAACACAAUGUUCGGUGACAUGUGGCGGAGGCUAUAAGAUGUCUCAACCGCUUUGUCGAAAUCGUGUCACUGGCGUAGAAGUCGAGGACUCCAUGUGCGGUCCCCAACGGCCGGAACCGUCGGUGCUGCUCUGCAACACGCACACCUGCCCACCAAGGUGGAUUACUGAUGACUGGAGUCCAUGCAGUCGCCUCUGCGGACCUGGCUACCGUGAGCGCAUGGUGGUGUGUGCGGAGGAGAAUAAUGGCAUCAAGACAACGGUACUGGAUGUGACGUGUCGAGCGCCAAAGCCAGCCACACAGGAACCCUGCAUGAUAGAGAAGUGCCCAACGUGGGAGGUGGAAGAAUGGACUGGAUGCUCGGUAACUUGUGGGCAGGGCUUGCAAAUGCGUGGAGUUGAAUGCAAAUCGGCCGAUGGCAGACACAGCGCCAAAUGCGACCCACUUACGAAGCCCGCAUCGGUGCAGCAAUGCUCAACAGGGAUCUCAUGUGACAACGGCGGCGGUACGAUUAUACUCGGCAGCAGCGGACCUCUCGCAUCGUCGGAUGAUGCGGAUGUCGAUGAGGACGAUGAAGAGGAUGACGACGACUCGGCGGAUGUAGAUGAUGUUGAGGAGGGCGCUGAUGAUCCCAGUGAUGUUCGCAAUGGCGAUGCCGGCUUGGUGACAUAUCAUGAUGAGUCUGCACCACAGUACGCACAUCGCUCGGUCAGUCAUCUGCAUCAUGAAGAACCCCAGCAGCCACGUGCCGAACGGCUUACUGGCGGCGGUGGUGGUUAUGAUUAUCGUGGUAAUUCGGAUACAGAGUCAGAGGUGCCUGCUGGUGAUCCAAGCUUCGUCAAAGACAGCGAAUGGUCACCGUGCAGCGUUACCUGUGGUGAGGGCGUACGCCGACGAAUUUAUCGUUGCAAAAUCUUUCUCGAAUACUCGCGCACCAUCGCAACCGUCAAUGAUUCGCUAUGCGAAGGUGUCAAACCACACGAUGAAGUAGAGCGUUGUGUCCAGGAGCCAUGUAUGCUGCCCUCACAUGCUUACGAUGAUCAAUAUCUACGCGACUCCAUUAAAGUGGGCGUCUCCGAACCCGGUAAAACAUAUGUAUGGCGAGAGCAAGGUUACACCUCGUGCAGUGCUAGCUGCUUGGGUGGCGUUGAAGAGUUGAUAAUAAAUUGUGUGCGCGAAGAUAAUGGACGCGUGGUAUCACCAUUCUUGUGUACGCCCGAAACGAAACCUGAAGCACGAGUGCGUACUUGCAACGAUCGACCUUGUCCACCGCGCUGGAAUUACUCCGACUAUACGCCCUGCUCGAAGUCAUGCGGCAUUGGCAUUAAGACACGCGAAGUGCAAUGUAUACACGAAGUAACGCGCGGUGGCGAGAAUACCAUGGUUGUGCCGAAUAGCAUGUGUCCACAACCACCACCAGCCGAUCGCCAGUAUUGCAAUGUGCUCGACUGUCCGGUACGCUGGGAAGUAGGUGAAUGGUCGAAAUGUUCACACACUUGCGGUUAUGGCAUCAAGGAGCGCAAAGUAGAGUGUAAACAGAUUAUGGCGCAGGAACAUAAAAUUGAGCGACCCGAAUCGAUGUGUCCGAGCGCCAAACCGCCAGAUAAAAAACCUUGCAAUGUGAAGCCCUGUCCCGUGGAGGAUCCCAAACCCGUCAUACAAGUCAGCAAUACAACGCAUAUACAACACGAUCCCAAAAAGGCGAAGAUAACGUUGAAAGUGGGUGGUGCUGGUGUGGUAUUCUUUGGCACACAAGUGAAAAUAAAGUGUCCGGUAAAACGAUAUAAUCGUACUAAGAUAAAGUGGAGUAAGGAUCACAAGCCCUUGGCACGUUCGCGUAAGUUUAAAGUAUCUAAGAAAGGUGCUCUGCGCAUUUUGGACAUAACGUUCCGUGAUGCUGGUGUGUACUCCUGUCAUGCGGGGCACAGCUCCGCUGAGAUCACUAUUGAUGUAAAGGCGAAACCCGGACAACAACCAGAAGAGCUAAAACUGCAGGAAUCAGAACGUCUAGUUCAUGAACGUGAAGGCACGGAAGCUUUAACGUCUGCUGACAUGACUACAGCUGGAGAAAAUACGAAUAGCUCCCAAAACACCCGUCGCAAGCAGCAAGGAGCACGAGAAAGCAAUCGACGUGCGAAAAAUGAUCAGUUACAAAAUGUAGAUGGUAGCAUCUUGGAGAAUGAGCAGUCGCAAUUAGUACAACAGGUCGGCGAGGAUGGCGGUGGCGCGCCAAAAUCCACAAGCGCCACCAAUGGCGGUAGUCGUGCCAACGUUCUGCUGACGAUGCCAUACUUUCAGGCGCUACUUAGCAAUUUGCAGCAUUUGUGGCCUUUUCAGAAAUUUGGCGACUCGAGAGGUCACCACAUGCUGUUCGACAAGGGUCUACAAUUCGGCAUCGAUUUGGAAAAUUUCGAACAGGACGAGCCUAUGCGACCACAAAUCGACACUGGCGAACUGCGAACCCUUGCAGCGUCCGAUGCAUUUGCCUCAUCAUCGCUUACAACGCUAGACGAUAGGAAUGACGGCAGCAGCAGCAGCAACGUUAACGCUGACGGCAAUGAGUGGCACGAACAGGAAGCAACAGACCAUAUAAGCGUCAUCACGAGUACAACAACAACGUUGCCAACAGUUAGCAAUGCCGUUGGCGCAACACAUGAGGACGACUCACCACAUUCACCGCACGCCAGGUGGCAGAAGCAGGGCGAGCCAGAAACAGCCACAGUGGCCACGAGUAACCAUGUCACGUACGAAUGGCGCAUCGGCGACUGGUCGGAAUGCUCAGAGAAGUGCGGUAAUGCGGGCGGCGCAGGUUUACGGCGUCGCGCAAUAACGUGUCUACGUUUGCGCCACCAUACGCCCGCCUAUAAUUCGUUGGAAUCACACGUGGAAGCGGACAUCGAAACGGUCGACCAAGCGUACUGUGAGGAUUAUGGACUAAGCGUGCCUGACACGUUUGAAAUGUGCGGCCACGAAGAGUGCGCCCGUUGGGAGGCUGGCGAGUGGACUUUGUGUCAGCGUUCGCGUUGCUUUGGGCGCAACACGGCCAUACAAAAGCGUGAGGUUAAAUGUCGCUUUGCGAAUGGCAGUGAGGCGACGGAUGCCUGCAGUGUGUCACAGCGUCCAAUUAGUCGACAGGAGUGUUAUAGUGAGCGUUGCAAGGGGGUUUGGCGUGUCGAACCAUGGUCUGAGUGCAAUGCGCAAUGCGGUCGUCAGGGAAUUAAAUACCGCAUUUUACAGUGUGUUUGGUAUGGCACGCGCCGACCAGCGGGCAAUGCCUGUCGCCAUCAGCCACGCCCAGCAGUUAUGAAAGUGUGUAAGAGUCCGCCAUGCUUUGCAAAAACCUUUGAUCAAUGCAAGGACACUUCACGGUAUUGCCGCAACGUACGCUCGAUGGGCUUGUGCAGAUUACAUCGUUACCAAGAGAAAUGCUGCAAGUCCUGCCAAUUCAAUGCAUACUACAAUUAACAACAACAAAUAUUGGCAAAGUUAAGCAAAAGUGUAAAAGUCAAGGCUGCAGUACGAAAGCAAAGAAUACAACAACACAAAUAACCCACACAAACAACAGAGCGCUCCAAAGAAAUAUUCGAAGGAAUAUUCGAAUGCGAAUAUUCAACGGUUUACCAAACAUUAAUGUAAAAUUGAGGUAGAGUGAAAGUAAUAAAAUAGUAAUAAUAAUAAUAAUAACGGUACUAAAGGCACGCCAUACAAAUUCAUGAAGCGAAAAUGUUAAAUAAGCAGAGCGACAUACAAACACAUACUUUCAUGAAUAGAUACUGUGCGAACCGCAAACCAAGCAACUGAAGCGCAUGAUUUGAAGGCAAACAAAUUACCGCUCAAUAAUAAAUUAUUCAUAAAAUAAAUAUUUGAGUAUAUUGAGUGAGUGCGACCAAAUGAUUCGAAUGAAGGCAAAUAAAUAAUAAUAAGCAAGGUAAAUCCAAAUAAAAACUAACUAACUAUAGAUUGCUUUAUACAAGCCAGUUUACACACACUAGUGAAUACACGCAUACUAAUGUAUGUACAUAUGCAUAUAUGUAUAUAUAAAUACAAAUAUGAAAUGGCAGACGCAGACUAAUGCAAAUGUAUGUGUAAACACACAGAUUUUGCUACAAAUGCGAUUAUAAUGGCAACAGCCUCAUAUGAAAUGCUGAUAGUAAAUAGAUAUAUAUAAAAAUGCACCAAAAAUAACAAAAAUAAAAGAAAUCGUUAUAUUUGUGGUUACAUGCAUGCGUACAUAUACAAAUACAUACACACAUACAAUAAAGCUAAUGUAUUAAUAUAAAGCGAAUGUCUGUUUAUGCCGUGUAAAUAUAUAAAUAUUUUAAAGAGAAAAUUAUACGAUAAUUUAGCAUAAUUUAGAUGUAAACAAAGGCCUUAAGAUAUACUAUAUAUUUUUUAUUUUCGUUUUUAAGUGAUUUUUGCAUGCAUAAGCGAUCAUUAUUUCGUAAUUAAUGUCAUAUAAUUUUUUAAAAAUUUAAUCUUUAAGUUUAAGUGAGUCAAUUAGCACUUUCAACCCACUUUAAUUAGUAUAAAUAAUUGCUAAUUGUCUAAAUAAAGCUGAUGUGUACUACCCUGAUAUAUUUUUCUGCUUUAUUAAGGGGUACGCCGAAGAGUUCAGGGCAUCACAAUGGAAAAGCGUUUCUAGCUUUGUGCUAGUGGGAUUGUUCAUGGCCUCCAAGGGAGAUACUUAGUAUGACAAUUUUCUAGUUGCACGCAUUGUCAGAUGCGGCUAAGCAGGGUCAUUCAAUGCUGCACUGUUUCCAACCUUCUCCAUGGCUGAAACCAAACAAAAGAUCUAUGCUCAAAAUUAUUAACAGAGUAUUUCAAAAGUAUAGACUAUUGCAAUAUUCAAAGAAUAAAUAAAAAAUGUUGGUUAAUCCUCCAGUUUUAUUCACUUUCCAGCAUGACGCUGAUUAAAUUGUCCACUUUUAUUGGGUCAUCUAUGUCUACUGCGGCGGUGCGUAUUCAUUCUGCCAUCUUCUUUGCCAUGUUGUUGAAUCUUUCCUUAUUUGUUCUAUGACGCUCUUGUGGUUUUCGGAUAAUUUCUUUAACUCCCGCAGCUUUUUUCUUUUGUAUACCAGAAGGUCAAUUGGGGUAUUACCGCUAUUAACUAAUAUUACAUGACCUGAUGCAACCCUGAGGGCUUCGGAGGGGUGCACUCUGGGCACUACCUUACGCCGGUUUUCGGCAUUAGGAGCUUUCUCUUUCCUUGUUGGAGCCCCCUAUGUUGGCCGUUAGUCUGCUAAGUUGGGAGGUGAUUAUCGCUGCAUUUCCUUCGGCGUGCUGCAUUUGUACCCAGAAAGUUAGCCUGGAGUCCCGUCUUACGCAUAAGAGUCUUGUCCUAAGAAUAUCCGUAGUCGUUUGCAUGCUUAUCUCGAGUGGUAUGUGCUUGUUUGU